ACCCCCACCUCCUCCUUCACCCCUCACACCCACCCUCACCCACAGCCUACAUCCCCUCUCACACCACACCACACGGCUUAUGGCAGCGUAUUCGUCGGGGAUGGACCCGGACAUUGCAUACACUGUCCGGGUGGUGGUCAUUGGAGAUCCAAGCGUGGGAAAGUCGAGCGUGGUGCGAAGGCUAGCAACAGGAAUGUUCUCGGAGAACCACAUUGCCACCAUCGGGGCAGAGUUCCACAACGUGGUGCUGGAGGUCCCGAUCCCGCCCGAGAAUGCGCCCGUCGCUGUCCGAGUCCAACUGUGGGAUACGGCCGGCCAGGAGCGGUAUCGAUCUGUGGCACCAGCAUACUAUCGCGGUGCACCAGCAGUGAUUGUCAUGUACAACGUGUGUGCAAAGUCGUCGUUCACGGCAGUCGCCUCGUGGCUCAGCGAAGCUGCCGCCCAUCUCGGACACGACGGCGCGGUGUUUGCGCUCAUGGGCAACAAGAUCGAUCUUGCUGACGCAUCGGGCGUCGGCUUGCGCGAGGUGAGCCGUGACGAUGGCGAGGCGCUCGCUGCCGCGCACGGUAUGCUCUUUGCUGAGACGUCGGCCAAGACCGGGGCCGGCGUGGCGGACGCAUACGUCGCGGUCGCGGCUGCAGUUCUCGCCGACGAGGACGCGCGCGACCGAUGUACAGCGCAGCGGCACGGGGCCAGGGCCUCGGGGAUCUCCAUCCCCCGCCGCCGAGAAAAGGCGUGGAUACGCGCCCCUGGCGGGCCUGCGUGUGGUUGGUGACGAUGGCGAGGCUGCUGCCGAGGCCGAAGACGCGGGCGGAUGCUGCUUCUGACGAGAAGGGUAAGGUAAGGGGGGACAACAAAGAGCGAUGCGGGGUUUGUGCAAAGGGCUAUGUGGAGGG